CUACCAAUUCCAGUCACCGGUCGAGACCCUAGACACGCCCAUGACGAAACUCACCCUGUAGUUGUCCUGCUGCCAUUCCACCGGUCGCUUUUGCCCCAGACGCCUCGACGGCUCGUCUCAGUCCAUCCUGCAACUUGUUGAUCUCUACAACUAAACUCCUAUUUUCGAGAAUCCACGGCAUCCCAUCUCUUGCUCAACGAAGAAUCCACUGGAGCCUCCUGUCUAAACCUCCUCGAAGUUUGACCUGUAUCUUUGGCGUAUACUCUACACAGCUCGUCUCACCAGCUCUCAGCGUGCGCAACAGCUGUGACGCAUCUACGACAACUGUACAUCACCUAGCCUCCAGACACUUGACGUCUUUGAUGUCCUACCUUCUCCUCCUAUCGGCUGUUCUCCUGCCCAGAUCUGGAACCGUACUAUCCUCAUCUAUUUCACAGCAAGAAACAGGCUUAGCCGUGAGGCUGUUGUCCACGCGGCAACUCGUGCAUACUCUUGUUAGCUGCAAGCCAGCGUAAACCGGCCUGGUCGGCGCUGUCAAAAGAUAUCAGACACCACAUCCAGGAUCCGCUGGGAGUCAUCUGGAUGCUCUGAGGACAAAUCUUGUCCUCAGCGGGACUGUCGGCUUCCCGAACAAUGGCCUCCAACGAUGAACGCGUUCCGUUCCUGUCGGAAAGCUGCAGCUUGAGCGACAAUGGUGACUCGAAACGCCUCCAUCCAACAAUGAACAAUUCCAUAUCCAGUGACGGUCGAAGCGCAAGGCCACGAGGAUCUUCCAACACUUCGCUCGACUCACAUCAAUUCGACUCUUCCAGAUAUCACCAAGCUCGACAGCCGAUAAAUGAUGCUGUCACCUCCGCCUUCAACAAUGCCGAUGCAACCUCUGCCGCUUCCAUUCCCCCGGAAUUGCUCCAGCAGAUUACUUCACAGAUCACUGCCAACGUCCUCCAACAACUAAAGGGAGUCAACUUGCCAACACCUGCCCAACCACCACCACUAUCCGGUUCUCAAGUAGACGCGGCCUCGUCGACGACAGGAUCUCCUCCUUUGAAUCGAGCUACAGUCUACACACCUCCAACACCCCAUCGUACCUCAGAAGACGCUGGGAUGGGCCACCCGUCCCCUCAAUUUCCUCCGGCCCCACAGUCAAAGGAGCCAUCCUUUCGAGGUAGUCCGCCCCCUGUCGAAAACAGAGCUGUGUCUCCUUUCAGUCAGGCUAGUCAUCAGUCCGAGGACGACACCCAUCAAGAUCGACCAGUUCGGCCUAAAGGCCCGAAGAGAGUUGAUACCGGUGGAGAUGCCACCACUUUGGAACGGGUAUGGGGAACCUUGUUCGACGAGCAAGGUCAGGCCACUGUUCGACUGGGACAAUUCUUACGGGGCAUUGCUGUUCAUCUGAUUGAAGACUACGAGCCAAGGCACAGCUUGGUCAUUACACCAGCUAAGAUGCAGAAAUACUACGAAGAAACCAAACUUUCGGCUGAAGUCUACCCAUGGAAGAUCGUUUUCGAUGAUAGGACAUCCUCGAUUUCUCGAAUGUUCAGGGACAUUGAAGCCGAACAUCACCUGGUGCAGGAGAAGCUGCACGAGAGACCCGACCUUCCUGGUUUGACACCCAGAGGCUUUGAAACAUGGGCGACUUUACUCCUCAAGGCACACCCGGAUCAAGAGUUCGAGAGGCUGGCCAAGACUGCGCUGGACAUGCCGAUCAGCAACCCCGAUGACAAGAAAGAACGUUUCCCAAAAGAGAUUUCACGGCGACUCUUUCCCACCCGCUCUGACACCGAGAUAGCCUACAAGCUGCAGAAGGCUAUGUCGACUCACUGCAACGUCAACUUUGCUUCGCGCCAAGGCAGCACGGCUAGCGCAGCAGAGUCAGGGCCUCGAGCUUCACAACCAAACCAGGCAAGUGAAGAGACGCACAAGACGACUAUGAGGCCUGCGCCGGAUAAGCAAGACCCGAUCAAUAGCACAUCUCAGCCUAGUCCAUCCUUGUCGCAGACCAGCCAGGAUCGUCAGCGACAACCAUAUUCGAGUGCCCCAUCGGAUGCCGAAGAAAAUACUGUCGAGAACACCGAAGACACGCCUACUCCACAACCAAUCGAGCGUGAGCGUAAGCCAUACGUUGCCGCCCCGGGCGGUGGAAAGACCUACGACGUUCUUGAUAAGCCCGCUGAAGCAACAGAAAUGAAAGCAGCGCCUGCACCUCCGCCUCACGAAUCCAGACUAGGGCGCUCAAACUCCGUCCAUGCCACCAGCGGAUACAAUGAUAACUCGAGAUCUGGCGCGCCAGCAGUGGCCGUUCAUCAGAAACCACCACCUCCGCCUAUGGAUGCGGAAGCGCCCCGACAUCAUCGUUCCAACAGCACCUAUCACCGAGAACAGCCUAAGAAUGGUCGGAAUCGGUCUCCAUCCAUGAGCAAGGAGAACGGAUCCGCUUUUUAUGGGCGCAAACCAGAGACGGAAGUACCCUAUGCUUCGUCACGCCAUUCGUACAACGGCAAUGAUCCUUACGAAGAAGCUAGACGAUACAAAGAAUAUGAACUGCAACGGGAACGCCUGGCUAAUGACCGGUAUGACGCCGCCAGGAUGGCAGCAUAUGACCCACGAGAAAGAGAGCGCGAGCGAGCCAGGGACAACAGACCACGAAUGCAAUCUGUCUCCGGGCAUGAUGGACGUGCUCCACCUCCAUACUCAAGUUCAGUUCCCGAUGAGGAGUACUAUCGGGAUCCACGACGCGGAGGCAGUGCGACGUCAUACGGCACUCCUGCCGCAAUUAGUACUGGGUUUCAGCCUCCUCCGCCUCCCCCAGGAGUAAGGGACUCUGCUUCGAUCCCUAGAGAUACUACAUAUGGAUCCUAUCCAUCCUCGGCGGGGUACCCUCCUACCAGUUACCGAGACAUGCGAUAAGUCUCGAUCAGAAUGGCACCGACGCCCAUUUGAGAUCCACCAAGUGGGAGGCAAAUGGGCAUCGAUGUAUAUGACCAACACCAGCUAUGAACAGACAAGAAUGACUUUCCUUUUCACCGUGCCACACCAAAUGCAUUGGUGUGGUGCUACGACUUCUGGCGCAUGGUUGAGCGUUCUUUGGUAACUUUCGUUUGUUGAUAUCCCCUUUGCAGGCUGUUUCAUUUGUCGAUCGCAUAUGUUGAAGCAUGAGGAGAUUACCUUGUAUGAUAUAUCAGGAUGAUAUUCUAUCACAAUGCUGCAUAUUAAAGAGGACGAUAGGUUGCUGGCGAGCUGGACUCGAUGGUCUACGCAUGACAAUCAUGUAUAUUUAUUCUUGAUUUGGACCUCGGAUAGCCCUGUAUUACUACUAUUUAUGACCUAUGCAUGACAAUUUAAC